UCCAAUUUGUACUAGGGUCUUGUUCAUACAUAAUCGCCUUCUGAGAUAGAAGAAGAUUCAUCGCUAUCUUCCAUUCGCGACUCAACUUCUAAGAUAUCAGGUUGCCAUAGAUUCGUGCUAUCAACUGAUUAAGCUUCACAGCCCGCUAGGGUUUUUGGAUGGUAAUUAUUAGUCUGUUACGAUAUAGAAGUAUUAUUAGUUACGACUUUUGCUUGAAUCAAAAUGGGAGCCAGUCGGAAGCUCCAGGGCGAGAUCGAUCGCGUUUUGAAAAAAGUUCAGGAAGGAGUUGAGGUUUUUGAUAGUAUCUGGAAGAAGGUAUACGAUACUGAUAAUGUGAAUCAGAAGGAGAAGUUUGAGGCCGAUUUGAAGAAGGAAAUUAAGAAGCUUCAGAGGUAUAGGGACCAGAUAAAGACUUGGAUUCAGUCCAGUGAGAUCAAGGAUAAGAAGGUUAGUGCCUCUUAUGAGCAGGCUUUGAUGGAUGCUCGCAAGGUCAUUGAAAAGGAAAUGGAAAGAUUUAAGAUAUGUGAAAAGGAAACUAAGACAAAAGCAUUCUCAAAAGAAGGCCUGGGACAACAACCGAAAACGGAUCCCAAGGAAAAGGCCAAAGCAGAAACAAGAGAUUGGUUGAACAAUGUGGUUAGUGAUCUAGAAUCACAAAUUGAUAGUUUUGAAGCUGAGAUCGAGGGCCUGUCUGUUAAGAAAGGAAAGACAAGACCACCCAGAUUGACACAUUUGGAGUCAUCCAUUACCCGGCACAAGGCUCAUAUAAUGAAGUUAGAAUUGAUAUUGAGACUUUUGGAUAAUGACGAAUUAAGUCCCGAGCAGGUCAACGAUGUGAAGGACUUCUUGGAUGACUAUGUUGAUCGCAAUCAGGAGGACUUUGAUGAAUUUAGUGAUGUUGAUGAUCUUUAUAGUUCUCUACCAUUGGACAAAGUUGAGGCCCUUGAAGAUCUGGUUACAAUUGGCCCACCAGGUCUUACUAAGGUUGGUGGUGCCUUAAGCAUGAAAAAUUCUUUGACAACAGUGCCUAUGCAAUUGAUGGCUCCUGUAUCCUCCAUUCAACAGUCCACUGUCAUUCAGGAGCAAGUUGAGGAAACAGCUUCUCAAGAGAUCAACUCUGAUUUAGUUCCGAGAACUCCACCGCCUAAAAGUUCCUUGAGCAUUUCAUCUGCUCCAGUAACACCUUCUGCGAACAACCCAUCUCCUGGUGCUUCUGUGCCAUCUUCUCCCAUCAAUAUCCCAAAUCUUUCUAAGGAAGAAGAUGCUUCUGGGUUCCCUGUUCGUAAACCAUCUCCUGCUCUUACUGAUUCUGGAAUAAGGGGUAUCGGUAAAAAUGGGGUUUCUAGCAACCCAGCUGUUGUCCCACUUAAUCCAGGGAGUGCAGUUGCUAGUAAUGGUGCUCUGGGCACAUUACAACCAUCUUCAGAAAUUACAAAGCGAAAUGUGUUGGGAGUUGAUGAGAGAAUUGUGAGCAGUGGAAUAGUGGUCCAAGGUCUGGGAUCUCCAUCUUCUAACAGAAUGAUAUUGCCUCAGGCUGCCAAGGUAAAUGAUGGAAUUUCAUCAGCAGAUAGCAAUGCUGCUGAUGGAGGCGUUACAGCUGGGAGAGUCUUCUCCCCCCCAGCCAUUCCUGGAAUGCAGUGGAGGCCAGGCAGUCCCUUUCAGAAUCAGAUGGAUGUGGGACAAUUCCGUGGAAGAACUGAAAUCACUCCUGAUCAAAGGGAGAAAUUCUUGCAACGAUUCCAGCAGGUGCAGCAACAAGGCCAAAGUAAUAUUCUAGGUAUGCCUGCACUUGCUGGAGGGAGUCAUAAGCAGUUCUCAUCCCAGCAACCAAAUCCACUCUUACAUCAGCCAAAUCCUGUUCAUUCACAGUCUGCCCAGCAGGCUUUGUUAUCACCUGGACCAACCGAAACUGAUGCUGGCCUUAGUAAAGUUGAGGAGACACAACAACCCCUGGUAGAUGAUUUAAUCACUGAAACUCUCCCAAGCUUUACGCCUGGAAAGAAUCCCAUAAAUGACGAUGAUCUGAAAGCUUCCUAUUCUGCAUUAGAUGCUACGGUCGGUGGUGUAUCUGGCUCACAAACAGAACCUGCUCAGCUGCCAAAGGAUAUUGAUCUUUCUCCAGGGCAACCUGUGCAAACCAAUCCCCCCUCUGCCAGUCUUGGGGUUAUUGGUCGUAGAAGUAUUUCAGACCUAGGUGCAAUUGGGGAUAACCUUGGAGGAUCAUCAUCUGCCAUCUCUGGUGGUAUUCAUGAUCAGUCCUAUAAUUUGCAUAUGCUUGAGUCGGCUUUCUACAAACUUCCCCAACCGAAGGAUUCUGAACGUGCAAAAGUCUACACGCCCAGGCACCCGGCAGUGACACCUGCAAGCUAUCCUCAGGUGCAGGCACCGAUUGUGAAUAACCCUGCAUUUUGGGAACGAUUAGGAUCAGAUAAUUAUGGGACUGAUACCCUUUUCUUUGCAUUUUACCAUCAACAGAAUAGUUAUCAGCAAUACUUAGCUGCUAAGGAACUAAAGAAACAGUCGUGGAGAUACCAUAGGAAGUAUAACACAUGGUUUCAGAGGCACGAGGAGCCGAAAGUGACAACAGACGAGUAUGAACAGGGGACUUACGUCUACUUUGAUUUCCACGUGACUAACGAUGAGUUGCAGAAUGGAUGGUGCCAAAGAAUCAAAACUGAUUUUACGUUUGAGUACAACUAUCUGGAGGAUGAACUUAUAGUAUGAGACUGAAUCUUUCUAUAUAGUUAAACUACUACACCAUCUAUAAUAGAGUAUUUUCUUUGUACCCAUUUGUAGUUCCCAAACGAAAUGACGAAAAAUGGUUUUAUAAGCAGUGUGAUUGCUUAUCCUGAUAUUAUUACUAUUUACUGGUGUUUGCUAUUUUAUUAACUCUCUCUAUUUAUUGCACCAGUCCAACAAAUUUUGUUUAAAUAAACUUUUUUUUAUCUU